GGGAUCUUGAAGUAUACAAGGCGAGUUGCGACACCUUCUGACGUGAGAAGCUCACAGCGAACGCCGAGAGGGCCGCUAUGCAGUUACAGCUCGACCAGUCCAAGGCCGAAAUGGAUAAGUUGACGGUUGAAGUGCAGCAAGUGCGAGGCAACCCACAGCUGCCGGAACCCAAUCGUGUGACCUGUGUAAUUGACGGGGAUGGAACACUGUUCAAUCCUCUAUUGCUCUCUCAAGGUCGAAGCGGCGCUGCGGAGGCUGCCAAGACCCUUUCUGAUGCAGUUCGUGGCCUCGUGGACGGCCGUGAGGUCGAUAUCUCGGUAUACGUGUUUUACAAUAGGAAAGGGUUAACUCACGUUAUGUCGGCAUGUGGGUUAUCGGAGGCGUACGAUAGUUUCGACGAUUUCGUGGUUGGGUUUAAUGAGUCCUGUCGGCGGUUUUUGAUGGCCGAUGUUGGGAGUGGAAAGGAAGAAGCAGACGCGAAACUAAGAGUAUACCUUGAAGACUGUAUUCGUUUGCCGCGAACUAUCAAAGUUGUCUUUGUCCACUUCAAGGUGCCAUGACAACGGAUACGUCAACGUAUUGCGGUCGUACAUCACCGAGGGUUUGGGAGAGAAGUUAGUUUUGCUUCCAAGGUUCCAGGAUAUGGCUGCAGGAUUUGGGCCGUUGGGACUCCCAGUCCUCCUCAUCCCGAGUCUAUCCAUGCCCCACAAGAUGCUCGUAAAUGACAAAAUGUUCCUCCCGCACAAUAUUCAAAGGCGAUUUACUGUAUCCCGUGCAGUUAGCCCGCCUGCCACAGUCAUUCACCGCGGCAUCGUGGCGCCAUCCUACAACUACUCUUCGGAACGGCACAGGACCCGCCAGCGCCCCUGCGACUCCAGCAGGCUCUCAUAAGUCCAUCGCCCUUCCCGGUGCAGACGACGGAUUCACUCCCGUCGGCAAUCGUCGCCCUUUUCCAAAGCAACCCCUGUUGAAAUCGGUCACUGCUGGCCUGAAAUUAAGCGAGCAUGUACCACCCCCGUUUACAUUCGAGCAUCUCAUCGCCUCCAUCCAUGAAUCGAACUAUUUGCAGACUGCAGCGGCGCUUCGCGCGCCACCCAAGUCUGUCUCAUAUAAAGUGCGCACACCUGCCGUCCUAGGGCUGGUAGCGCUCGUCUCUCCCUGCUCUGAAGGUAUGACUGAACUAUCUGGUGUACCUCCUGGACUUGCUCAGAAUCCGGAGUUCUACGACAUAGCAAGAAGUCAUAAAAUGAUCUGUGACCAGAUUAAUUUGAUGGUUUCUCGUGAAAGGUCACAUAUGGAAAAGAUUGACGAGCUGAAAAGGGACCUGGAUGCAUAUAAAGCGGGUUGGAAUACGAUGGCCUCCCAGAGAGACCUUGCGAUUCAGGACAAGGACGCUGUUCUUCAAAGAAUGAAUAGCGCCGAAGAAGACCAAGACAAUUGGAAGAUGACCCAAGAGCGAGACCAAGCCCUGAUAGAUAGGAUGAGCGCAGAGUUACAGCAAAUGCAAGGCCUUGCACAGUUAUGUGAACCGAGCCGCGUCGUUUGCAUAAUUGAUGGGGAUGGGUACAUUUUCCAGACUGCUUUACUUGAGAAAGGACUAGAGGGCGGUCGAAGUGCAGCAAAAAUGUUUGCUGAUGCCUUACGAGACUAUCUGAAAGGCCGCCCAGUGGAAGUUUUGGUGUAUGUCUUCUACAACAGGAGUGGCUUGAUGAGUGCUUUGUCAAUUGGGGGCAUGCCUGAAGCGCGCGCUGGGUUCGACAGUUUUGUGACUGGUUUCAAUCAAGCCUCGAAGCGAUUUUUGAUGGUCGAUGUUGGGUAUGGAAAAGAAGUAGCGGAUGCGAAACUGAGAGCUAUACUGGAAAGCGACAUUCGUUUGCCCCAGACAUUUAAGGUCGUCUUUGGUGGCUGCCAUGACACUGGAUAUAUCAACGUGCUGACGUCUCUCAUGACGGACGGCUGGACACACAAAUUGAUAUUGCUCCGUGGCUAUGAUGAGAUGGCUGCUGGGUUCAAGGAAUUAAAUCUUCCGAUCUUUCCCACUUCUAAUCUUUUCAUGCACCAAAAGAUUGUCAUCGACCGCAUGACUCAAUCAGCUCGGCGCGCAAGCGUGCCCUCUAAUGUUCACAGCCCUGCAGAACGCCCACGUAGCGAUUCAGUGCAUCAGACGAUUGUGGAUUCCGGUGGACAAGCAAGACAAUUUUCGAGUCCAUCUCCCCCAAGCUACACAGCAGCUGUUCAACGAGCACGCAGUCCUGCUAUCUCCACAACGCCCACCCUCAACAUUUCUGAUGGCAUGGCCGCAUCUGGAGGAGCCGAUGAUGGUUGGAAAGUCAAGAGUAAGGCCAGUGUCUCCAAACAAGACGGAAACAAGCGUUCCACCGUAAACAUACCUACAAACCAAUUGAACCCGAAGCCAUGCACCUUACACUACAUUACUCAAACUUGCAAGUUUGGCUCUGAUUGUCCGUACGGACACGAUUAUGACUUGGGGCUCGAUCAAAUCGAAGAGAUCCGCGGGAAUGCUAAGCGUUCCCCAUGUGUUAGCGUCAACCGAGGUGAGGAAAUUAGGCUAUCACCUGUGACUUACCCGCUGACACAAGAGUCUUCCGUGGCUUGGGGUUAUAGGAGAAGAGUGCGCCUGGGGUGA